AGUAUAUUAAGCCAAUACCGUUUCUAGUGCUUAUUUAAAAUCCUUAGGACUAGGAUCCAUGCAUCUUCUGCGAGUAUUUUCCCACUUUCAGCGUAAUACGGAUUCGCUGGACUCAUCAUAAUGUCGCGGGACGAUCUGUAGUGCAAGACCAUCCGAACUUCGGAUGACUUCGAUUCCUGUCAUGAGUCCUGUGACGGAUGUUGAGGAUGCUGUGCCUUCGCAGAGUAGCUACCGGCAUGGUACUACUAAAAUUCGACUUACAAUUCUGUGUGCCCAGAAUUUGAUCAAACGAAGCAUGUUCAGACUUCCGGAUCCUUUUGCGAAAGUUUUCGUCGAAUCAACUGGGCAGUGUCACAGCACAGAUUCUUGCAAGUCGACUCUCCACCCGAAAUGGAAUCAACACUAUGAUCUAUAUAUCGGAAAAAACGACGCGGUCACCAUAAGUGUAUGGAACAGCCGGAAGCUGCAUAAGAAUCGGAGCAAAGCGGGCUUUCUGGGUUGCGUGCGGCUGAUGUCAAAUGCGAUAAACCGCCUCAGGGACACCGGCUAUCAAAAAUUGGAUUUGUGCAAAGCUAAUCCAGACGACGGUGAUCCAGUUCGAGGACAAGUCGUGAUUUCUCUGUUAUCGAGAGACGGACACGGAUCCGGUGGACACAACGUUGUAGUGGACAGAUUGGGAAAUCGUAAGUACUGUUUCGUUCUCGCCUUAAGUAGCACCGUCAGACGCUUUCAUAGAUCAAAUUUCCUUCAACUUGAAUUGCGAAAGACUUUCAAAUCCCCAGUUGACACAUUUCAGGGGCCCCAAAAUCUGUGAUUGAACCGGAUUACUUCCGUUCCCGCAAUGCUUUAGUUAUUUAUUCAUCCGGAGAUUGAAUGGAAAUUAUAUUUUCAUUCACUUAUCAUUUCUCCGCACAUCUCUCCACCUAGUACGAUGGGGAAUAAGUUUUAUAUCACGUUCUGCCGCGGAAUACUUGCCGACGCCAUGCUCUAUUGCGCAUCUGUUUUCGGAGUCUUGUUUUCAGCCAUUUGCGUCGAAUUUCCGAGUACGGUGAAAUGCUUUCAGGCCGUUGAACUCGGUUGUCAAGGUACUGUGAAUCGGUGCGAUCAAGCGUUGAUAGGUGAGAAUUUUGCCAUGUUCGUAGCACUUCCUGUGCUUGACGAGAAUGGUUGAAUUGAUGUCAGUGUAAUGAGGAUUACUGUAAUGUACUGGGAAUGUUGUCGUUUUUUUCUAUUGAGAGGGGGGCGGUGAGGAAACGUCACGACUUGUUGUGGGAAAUAUUCCAGAGGACGUCUGUUCAUCCGCUGUGUACUUCUUAAAAACUUUUUAUUCAUCGAAUGUUGGCGACUGAUGGGAUUUUUUCUUAUUUUUCAAGUCCCUCCAUGCCCGAACGCAAACGGUCUGGGAUGGGAGGAAAGGAACACGCCGCUCGGGCGCCUCUAUUACAUCAACCAUCACGCAUCCAUCCGCGGCUCAACUCGGGAACGUGAGAGAGACAAAACUGCCAGGCCAUCCAGCGACGGGAAUGUAAUUACCGCGGAAGUUUCUCAAGAUCCAGAGCAUUCAACCCGAUUAAACGAUCCCGGAACCAGUUCGUCGAUUCCAGCUGCGUCCCAUCAAGCGGGAGUUGAAGCCCCCGCGGUUUCCUCGCCCAGUUCCGGCGGUGAGAGCGUCGGGGCGGUGAGCAAGGAAAUCGCACGCGCCGUGUCGAGUCCCGGCGGCGCAGCUGUCGGCGAAAGCGUGCGGCGGCGUCGUGCAAGCGGCUCUCAUCAGCGACACCGUAGCGCGUCACGAGAAAGGGACAGAGAGAGGGAUCGGGAACGAGACCGGGAACGUGCCCGACACACUAGCCGGGAACGGGUGCCUCGGGAUCAGCAUAGGGCGUCCGUUGCGGUCAUGGAGUCGUCAUCGGAGGCGGAGGGGCGACGCGAGCGAAGGAAAAGUCGAGAUGGCGAAUCGUCGAGUUCACGCGCUCAGCCUCAAAUGCCUCCGACGCCGUCCAGGCCUUUGCCCGAAACUCCAGCGAGUAAUCCGGAGCCGCAGACGCCCGAGAGGGUGGCGUGUUCAUCAUCUGUGUCGGAACCAUCUCCUGCGGUACCCGCUCUUGCUGCGAAAUCACAACCCUCUUCCUCUGGGUUAGCUACGCCUUCGAGGAGUAGGCAGAAAGCUCAACCACAGGUUCCCGCCAAGCAAUCAUCUUCGCGAAGUGGUCGGGAUGCCUCCAAAGAUUCGCCUGCUAGAAGUCUUUCCGGAGCUUCCAGUACUCGAAGGUCGCAGAGUAAAUCGAAGGACUCUCUCAAACCCUUGAUUCAACCGAAAAAUCUUCCAGAAGGCUAUGAAAUGAGGAGAACGCAGCAGGGUCAAGUGUAUUUCUACCAUUUACCCUCCGGCGUAAGCACUUGGCAUGACCCGCGAGUGCCGAAGGAGUUGCGCAUGAAAGCGAAUGUGGAACUGGGUGAUUUGCCACCCGGUUGGGAACGUCGUUAUACAGCAUCAGGUCGCCCAUAUUUCGUCGACCACAACAAUUGCACCACGCAGUUCACUGACCCUCGUCUCGCGAAUUUGAAAGUUCCUGCAGCAUCUCCUCCGGAAACGAACGGAACGUCAGAGGCAGCGUCGGAUGCACCGAGAGCAGCAGCUCCGGCUGCUGGCGCUGGUGCAAGUUCUUCAAAUCACCACCGUCGAACCGGAAGUUCCGGAAGCGGACGUCGAAGCAGGAGUAAACCGGAACCGUCUCGGAUUCCUCGACCCGUCGCUUCAGUAGUGAAUUCCGGCGGAGACGUGAUCAUAAAUAGCAAUGCCCGGGCGAAUGAACCGUUGUUGACAACGUCGGAUCCCGUCGUGCCGGCGCCUGCAGCCUCGGUUCCGGUCGUACCGGAAAAAGAAGACAUGUUGCCGAGGUAUAAACGAGACUUGAUUCAAAAGAUGAAGGCGUUUCGACUGGAGCUGCAAAGUUUGCAACCUCAAAGUGGUCACUGUCGGCUUGAGGUUUCUCGUGCUGAGAUUUUUGAGGAAUCUUAUCGAGCUUUGAUGAAGAUGCGACCGAAGGAUCUCAGAAAACGUUUAAUGGUUCGCUUCCGUGGGGAGGAAGGCUUAGAUUAUGGUGGACUGGCGCGAGAGUGGCUUCACUUGCUGUCGCACCAAAUGCUCAACCCUAGUUACGGACUAUUCCAAUACUCACGAGAGGAUAUCUACACGCUGCAGAUAAACGCGAAUUCUAGUGUAAAUCCGGAUCAUUUAUCGUACUUCCACUUUGUUGGACGCGUUCUCGGCUUGGCCGUUUUUCAUGGACAUCACAUCGAUGGAGGUUUUACGACUCCGUUCUACAAAAUGCUGCUGAACAAACCGAUUUCUCUGGAUGACAUCGAAGCUGUCGACCCGGAUUUGCAUCGCAGUUUGCAGUGGUUUUUGGAGAAUGAGAUUGAUGGUGUAAUGGAAACUACGUUCUCUGUGGAGCACGAUUCUUUCGGAAAGCUGACGAUGCACGAGUUGAAACCCGGAGGAAAGGAGAUCAUAGUGACGGAUUCGAACAAGAAAGAGUACGUUCGACUCUACGUGACUUUUCGUUUCAUGCAAGGCAUUGAGCAGCAAUUCAUGAGCUUGCAAAAGGGUUUCGCUGAAGUUGUUCCACUUCCGCUCUUACGACCCUUCGACGAAAAGGAACUUGAGCUUUUAGUCUGCGGCAUUGCCAAAAUUGAUCUGUCUGAUUGGAAAGCACACACCAGAUUGAAACAUUGUUCUCCUGAAUCGCGAGUGGUGAAAUGGUUUUGGCAAAUCGUGGAUUCGUAUAAUGAUGAAAUGCGAGCACGUCUGCUGCAGUUUGUUACCGGGUCCUCUCGAGUUCCUUUGCAAGGUUUCAAAGCGUUGCAAGGCUCCACUGGAGCAGCGGGACCAAGGUUAUUCACAAUACACGAAAUUGACGCGUCGACCGACAACUUGCCAAAAGCGCACACUUGCUUCAACCGCAUCGACAUCCCGAAGUAUGAAACUUACGAAAAGAUGUUCGACAAGCUCACUCAGGCUGUGGAAGAAACGUGCGGGUUUGCUGUGGAGUAGGUUUGUUGUCAGUUGCGAGGAAAAAGAGGAACGAAUUUUUGCAAAAUUUGAAAUGCUGCGAGAAGCGUAAGUUUCCAGUUUUUUUUCGCCGUCUUUCGGGCGUUUAUUGAAAACAGAUCUUGCGAAAUGGAUUUCUAUCGAUUUUCGUUCUUCCGCGUCGCUUGUAAGGGAAAGAAUCUAAUGGAAAUGGAACUCGUCCGUCACAUGAAUAUUGAAACCUGUUGUUUUGUGUUGGGUUGGUGGCGAAGCUCGAGCUUUGGUUUUUUUUUGAUGAAGGAGAUAUGCUCUGUGUUCUCCUAUGUUGUUCGUGAAGUUGGUGAUGUCGUCCAGCUUAUUAUGGAAGGAGGAGCUAGUUGAAGGCGCUCUGCUUAUGUUGUGGAUUGAUCGUAUCAGAAAGACGUCGUUUUUUGUUUAUACACACCAUUAGCCCAUGAUUUUAUUUUAUGACCCUCAUGAACCCACUGUUCUUCUGCUUUGAAUCUUUUUUUAUCGCAACACAUGAGCAUCACUUGAGACAUUGUGAUAUUUUUUGUGCAAGUACAGGUUUUUAUUUCUUUGCUGGCCUACCGGAUAUAUCAUGGCUAGGAUAUUGCAAAGCAAGGAUGGUUUUUUUCGAGUACAUGUUUUGUGGCUCUCUCAUUUUAGUGUGCGACUUCUGCCUUCAUCUAAAUUGAAUUUAUGUUCCACUCGACUGUCUCGCUCUGUUUGUGUACGUCGCAGGGGAGAGUUGCGCAAAUGCAAAACCAGUCAGGUGCGCUUUUUCCGGGAGUUAAAUGCCGAUAUUUUUUCUCUCCUGCAUGUUUGUCGAUUCCGCUUGCUUUCUUAUGAUAUGACGAAUGGAGUUCUUUCGUUUUCUUUCCAGGAUUUAGCUUUUUUUUUGUUCGACUCUGGAAGCUCUCUGGCGAAGCCAUGGAAUCCAGGGGGGUGUUUUCGUACGAAAACUUUGUCCAUGCCUUGGCCGGAUCAGCAGGAAGCGUUGUUGCGUUGACGUCGUUUUUUCCUUUGGACACUAUUCGUUCGCGGUUGCAACUGGAGGAUGACAGAGAAUCCAGGACCACUUUAGCGGCUGGAGUCGAACUUGUGAAAGAAGAAGGGGUAUGGACGCUUUAUCGAGGAAUGGUGCCAGUUCUGCAGAGUUUGUGCGUUUCCAAUUUUGUUUACUUCUACGCAUUCCAUGGCCUUAAGGGUCUGUUCAUUGCCAAAGAUCAGAAUGCUCUUAGAGAUCUUGCCUUCGGCUGCGUGGCAGGAGCCCUGAAUGUUUUGACUACGACCCCUUUGUGGGUGGUGAACUCACGGAUGAAGAUGCAGGGUGCUAAGAUGCGCAAAGCUCCUUCGGGCCAAAGCGGGAAUGUUCAGCCUGGUUACGAAGAAGUGAAACUCAAGUACAAAAAUAUUAUUCAUGGAUUGUCAAAAAUAUCUGAAGAGGAAGGAGCGACUGCUUUAUGGUCGGGAACGGUGCCGUCGCUGAUGCUCGUUUCCAACCCGGCAAUUCAGUUCAUGGUUUACGAGUUUCUGAAACGGCGCACAAUUGGUAACGGCGGAGGAAAGAAGGAACUGAUGGCCAUCACCUACUUCUGUAUGGGAGCAAUGGCGAAGACCGUAGCGACAGUAUUCACGUACCCGCUUCAGAUCGUGCAAUCCCGUUUGCGAUUCGGAGGAAAAUAUCAAGGGGUUCACAAAUCCAUGGGAGUGCUGGAGAUCAUGCGAACCAUUUUAAGGACGCAGGGCUUCAUUGGUCUGUACAAGGGUCUGGAGGCUAAACUUUUGCAGACGGUACUCUCUGCUGCGCUCAUGUUCUUGUGCUAUGAGAAGAUCACGUCGUUCGUUUUCUUCAUCCUGGGCGUCCACAAAAAACUGAACGCACGUUCAUGAAUUACUCGAAAAAGAAAGGAAGACCAAACAAGGACUUGGUUGUCAGGUGCACGAAGUUACUUCUUAUGCCAGUUGUUGGGGUCGGUGGGGAAAAAUAAGGCUGAGGUUAAUCUAUUUUUUUGGGAAUUCAGAUUGAUGGCAGCUUCUUCCUCGUUCUUUGAAUUUUUGGUAACCGAUUAUGUACUUCGGCGUUUAAGGUGUUCCGAAGUGAUCUCUUGUAUGUUUACCGGAAUUUUUGCGAAUACUCGCUGAUUUUAGCAGCAUGGUUGUGGUGAUACAGUGGCUGGGAGGCAAUUUUUAAAGAAUAAAAAGCUAUUAGUGAAAGA